AUGUUGUUUCAUGAGGUGUUUCUGGUUGCGGCUGCGGUUGCUACAGCCUACGCUGGGCCAUGCAAGCCUGUGAGUUCCAAGGCGUCUGUCUCUUCAUCUGCCGACGCCAGCAUUCCUUCUACAACUGCUUCGGCUGAAGUCUCAGAUGCGACCCUUAGUGCCACUUCUGGGUCUUCUGGUACAGUGACCAUCGGCUCUGAGACAGUCACGUCUGAGGGUUCUACCACGUUGGUUAGUCUACUGUCCAGUUCUGGAUCUGUUUCUGGAGGUCUCUCCACUUCCGAAAGUGGUUCUCAAAGCAGUGGCGUGGUGGUCUCAACCAGUGGGACAGAGACACUUGGUUCUUCUACUGAUACUACUGUCACUGAUACAAUGACCUCGGAGGGUAUCACGACUGGUGCGACCGACGUUGGUACAACGACUGAGCCUACUACCGCGCCCACUACCGACGGUACCACCGAUGCUGCUGCAACUGGCACGACUACGACCGAAGACACAAGUGGGUCUGCCACUCAGACAACAACCGACACUACCGAGCUAGCCAGCGGUGCUACCACUGAACCAUCGACAACUCAGCAUACGACGACCGAGGGUACAACCACGGAUACAACCGUGGCACCAACGUCCACAUCUGAGUUCUGUUACGACAAUGCAUAUGUCAUCUCAAUGCUAGCCUUUGACCCAGUUGCCUCUCCUUUCUGUGUCAGCUACCUUUCCAUGACCACGCAUACCAUCACUGACUAUGCAACAAUCGAUCCUACAAACGUGUACCAAGUGGAUGUCGCCACCAUCACCGCCGGCGCUCUCACACAUAUCGAGACCAAUUACGACGGCGUAACUGCAAUCUUGACAGAGUUCAAGACCAAUACCGAGUGGUCAGAAGCUACGGUUACGUCGACGCGAUCGAUCGAGACAAUUACAUGCCUUGACAGCGCAUACUCCUACGUUACUCCCGUUCCUACCAUCGAGCGAGGCACUCCGCAUCCAGAAAAGCGUGGCCAGGAUGUGGUUGAUGUCCCUGAGGCGAUACCUUCUGACUGGACUGAGGCUCAAACCUCUGAUAUCUGCUCCUGUCUUGACAUUGAAGAGCCUACAACCCAUACAACCGUCCAGAUAGUUGAGCCUACGACGUUCAUCACAACUUCGACAGAUGCUGUGACCCCCAUUGAAGAAUACACCAAGGUCAUCACCACUACAUCAGUCAGUGUCUUUACUUCAACAGUCACUGAGAAGAAGACCUCGACUGUCACAGCGUGGGUAGUCGAGACUACCUUUGCUGACAACAACGACAUUGCCUACCGACGAUUCAACUGUCCUUUCAACGCCAACAUCUACGACGAUGGUUUCACCACUAAUUACUUCAAAGGCAAAUCCCCGUUGUCGUCGGGCUACACGGAUACCUUCCAAUUCAGCACCUGCACAAGUCUCACCCUUUCCGGCAGUGGAACGUUCGAUCCCUCUCAGGCAGCACUCCUCUUCAAUGCAUAUUUCUACGCCAAAGAGACAGGAACGUAUACAUUUACCGUUCCUGAUACCAUUGACAACUGGGGAUACCUUUGGGUCAAGGAUGCAGCGUAUACGUGGAACACGGGUGCCUGGGCUAUUCAGGGGACGCGAACGGGACAGAAUUCUGCGUUGUGGAAGGGAGGUUCGUAUCAGAUUCAGCUGCAGAAGGGUGAUGCUAUUCCAUUUACGUAUCUUUGGGCGAAUGGUGGUGGUUGUGCUGGAAAUGAUUUGAGUGUCAAGACACCGAGUGGCAAGUCUAUUCCUGGUAUGAAGGGGUCGACUGUCAAGGCUUGCCAUCUGAACACGUUCACUUAG